AUGGCCGUACCGCAAACAUUCAACAUCGCACUGCUCGAUGCCGACACGCCCGUUCCCGCUGUCCUCAGCGCUCGUGGCCGCUACAGCGAUAUCUUCCAAGGGCUGCUCGAAUCAGCCUUGAUCCGCCUCGCCAAAGCCAACCUAGUCACGAGCAAUCCCCUCCCAAAGGUCCAAUUCACUGCCUACGACAUUGUGCGGGGGGAUUACCCUCCCGAUCCUUCCUCUCUCCACGGCAUCGUCAUCAGCGGCGCGGCCGGCUCUGCCUACGACUCGGAUCCCUGGAUCCUCACCCUCAGCGCGUGGCUCCGCCACAUCCACGCCAGCCACCCGCACAUCAAAAUCUUCGGCUCCUGCUUCGGCCACCAGAUCCUCUGCUCCACGCUGCUCUCCCCCCUCGACCCGGCCGCCACCGUCGCCAAGAACCCCGCCGGCAUGGAGCUCGGCAUCCACGCCGUGACGCUGUCGCCCGCCUUCCUGCGCGCCUUCCCCGUCGACGUGCUCGCGCUGCCGUCGUCGCCGCUGCCUCCGUCGUCGAGGCAGUACGACGACGACGACGACGACGACGAAAGCGACGAAGGCGAAUCAUCGGGCGAGGGCGAGGUGCGGAUGAAGCUCCAAUUCGUCCACUCGGACCACGUCGUCCUGCCACCGUCGCCGUCGCCGCUCUUGAUGUCCAUCGGCGCGACCCCCCGCUGCGCCGUGCAGGGCGUGUACGACGGCGACCGCGUGCUGUCGCUGCAGGGCCACUUUGAGUUCGACGCCUUCGUCAACGCGGCGACGAUCGACGUGUUCGGCCGGGUGUGGGCGGCGAGCAUGGUGGUUCGCGAGGGUGAAGAGAAUUGGUUCGAGGAGGCGAUGGCGAGGGUGAAGGAUGCGGGCGGGGACGAUGCGGGGUGGGCGGCUGAGGUGGUGAUGGCGUUUUUGAUGGGGUUGGGUGGGGGGGAGGAAGGGGAGAAGAGGGUGGUCGUCGGUGCGGGGGGCGCCGUGGUGGAGGGGGGGUUGCUGACGCCGCCGGAGGAGGAGGAGAUGGCUGUGGCGAUGUGA